CGGCCCCCCCUCAGGCGAUGGCGGGGGAGGAGGAGGAGGAGGGAAAGGAGAAGGCCGGGGAGGCCUUGAUGAGCGUGGCGGUCGUCGCCCCCCCCGACCCGGCCCCGGGCCGCCGCGGCCGCCACCGCCUCCGCUGCCUGGCCGCCACCAGCAUCAUCUGCGGCUGCUCCUGCCUCGGAGUCGUAGCCCUCGUGUUUGCCGUCAAGUCUGAGGAGCGGCGCAAGGCCGGGCGGAUGGCCGAAGCCGCGCUGUGGGGUGGCAGAGCCCGGCGCCUGGCGCUCAUCAGUAUCGCGGUCUGGCUGGCGAUCCUCGUGUUGGGGCCGCUGUUGCUGUGGCUCCUCUCUUACGCCAUCGCCCAGGCCGAGUGACCGCUCCGACCUCGACCCUGCCGAGACCCGGCCCUUUCGGCCCGGCCCUCGGACGGACCCUGCCCGGGCGACUUGGCUCCGAUGCUGCCCGGGGGGGAGGUUUUCGUCCCGGGAGCCUCAUGGGGUCUGAAUGGCUUCCCGUCUCGAAUCACGGGGCGGGACUCUCCCCGCGCGGACUGAAAGGUUCCCCGCCACCGGCCCCGGUCGUGUCGCCCCACCGGGGCCACCCUGGGGGUGGCCCUCCCCACCUGGGAAGAGGCAUCCGGGGCUGGAGAGAGACCUAAAAUAGGAUGGGAGACCUUGCCCGUCCACCGUCGCCGUCCGAGCCCCGGUGGCUCCGUGACCCCGCCGCGGAGAGACAGACGGCCCCGAUUCUGGAUUGAUCCGUCCAUCCCUCCGUCGAACGAUCGGACGAAUGUCAAAACUACUUUUGUAAUAAAAGUUUCGGGAGGAAAAACACCCCUA